AAGAGAGUGCUUGUGGUGGAGGGAGUGGUGAAUGCAGGAUACAGAGUGAUUGAGCAGUGGGCAUUGUUGUUGAGGAAUGCGUGGCCUAAGGUUUCUAUGGUUCUUAAGAUUUUCAAAGAGCAAGUUGUGAUUCUGAUUGCACUUUUAGGUCUAUCUGCAUUCUUCUUAAUGGCAGAGACUUCUAUAACUACACUGUGGCCAUGGAAGGUUUGCUUUCUUUGUUUGAAGAUUGAUGGUUCUUAUAAUUAGUGAAUAGCAAUUGAAAUCUGAAUUUUAGUAUGGAAACAUCAAAAAGAUAAAUAUAUGAAGUUUGUGGUUGUUUUGCAAUGGCAUUUGCUGACUUAAAUAUUGGGUUUAGUGUCUGAAGAUGGUGUAUUUCAAACGCUUCACAGUGAUGUAACCUGAUUUUUGACCACCAAUCUUAUUGGCACUGCAUACUAGUCGUUCCCAUCAUCACUUAACUGAUCCAGUUCUGUGUCUCUAUGUUCACUUUGGUGUGUGAUUUAUUUUUAGAUUCUGUUUUUCUCACUAGGACAGUCAAUAUUGGAGCGACUGCUUUAGUUACAGAUGCAGCAACAACAAUAUUUGGAGAAGCUGGUGUUAGGGCAGCAAUUGGAGUAAUGACUCUAUGUAUAUAAAAAUUCUAUCCUCUCUAGGUGUCCCACAUACCCAACCUCCUUGCCUAGUUCUAUUUGUGCUUGUAUGUAACACAUUGUGAAUUUGUAGUAAAUUAGAGUAAAAUGCUUAAAUUGCUUUAGGAUAAUUCUCUUUUAAGUUAGCACCUGCGUUGUAGAGUUGACUGUUACAAAAACAAUGAAAGAAGAACAAAUAAGAAAUCAUGUUGGGUAACUCUAAUAGACUGCAGAAUAAUCGAAAGGUUGCUAUUUUGCUUCUUACUGAGAUCACUCCAAAAAGUAUAGUUGUUCACAAUCCCACAGAGGUGGCUAGAUUUGGGGUCAGGCCAGUGGCAUGGCUUUCCUUGAUACUAUAUCCAGUGGGAAGAAUUGUUACUUAUUUAUCAAUGGGAAUGCUUAAAUUACUUGGUCUAAAAGGGAAAAGUGAACCUUAUGUUACUGAAGAUGAAUUAAAGCUGAUGCUAGGUGGGGCAGAGUUGAGUGGAGCAAUAGAGGAGGAAGAGCAGGAUAUGAUUGAAAAUGUAUUAGAGAUAAAGGAUACUCAUGUUAGAGAGGUAAAGACACCCCUUGUUGAUAUGGUUGCAAUUGAUGCAAGUGCAACUCUCGUUGAUUUCCAACAUCUGUGGGUGACUCACAAGGGUACCUAUUCAAUGUCAGUCUGGAAUCUUCUUAGAGAGUUCCAGAUCAGAAAGGUUCACAUGGCUGUUGUUCUUAAUGGAUAUGGCGGAACUGUUGGGAUAGCAACCUUAGAACAUGUGGUUGAGGAGAUUGUUGGAGAAAUCUUUGAUGAAAAUGAUUCAGAGGAACAUCAGUAUGAGACAGUAUCUGGUUUUGUAUGCGAAGUAUUUGGAUACAUCCCUAGGGCUGGUGAGAGCAUUAAAGUUGUCCUCAGAAGGGAUAAUCAAGAUGAUGAUGAUAAGCAUGAUGAAGAUGGAUCUGAUCAUCAAGAUUUGAAGGAAAGGCAUCAAAUAUAUAGACUUGAGGUAGGGUAAAAGAACCAAAUGGAUUUCAGUAAAAAAACUAGGAAAAUGAAUGUAGCUAGCAAUCAUGCAGUCUCUUGACUCUCUUCCUCAUAUAACUUUCUGAAAUCAAUGCUAUUAUGGGGGCAUGCAUUUGUUCAUGUAGGAAUCUGCUUUUAUAUUGUUCAUCCUAUGAGAUGCUUCAUUUGGUGGCUCAGUUUGCUAAAAGAAACUUAGCAACUGAUAAUAAUAAUUCAUAUGCUUC